GUCAUAUAGGACUUAGCCCAAGACUUUUUGAUAUCCAUCUGAGAACGAACCCAAGCCCCAGUUCCUAAUAUCCUCUCUUCACUAAAGAUACUCACAAUGGGCAUAUUUCCCGGGGGCAAAAGCACUCGCAUCAACUCUCCUCGCCAUCUAACCCUUCGACACUCACGGCGAGCCGCUGCUGUAUAUCAACGCAAAGCGCGACAGCUUGCUGGUAUAGCCGCCGUUGAGAGUGAGGAGGAGGUUGACCCUCUGGCACCUGGUGAACAAAAGCUCAACUCGUACUGGGCCCCAGGGCUCACAGCUGGUCCGAAACAUAAUAUCACCGUCAGGCAGAAUAUAAAGGCUCCGACAGGCGAGGAAUUGAACCUCAAUGCGGAGAAAUCCUUUUUCGUAGAUGCGCCACAGUUCUCGCUUCCAGAAGGGAGCGUACACUCGACGUACCCUCCUCCAGGAUAUCCCGACACAAACAGGAUUCUUCCUCAUGUGGUCCUAACGGAUCCGCAUUUGCCAUGGGAAAGACUCGGAAGUCAAAUCCAGGGGACAAACAAGGAGCUUCAGAUGAAGAUGAGGGCAUUUGCAGAAAGUGCCAGUGGCGAGACUGUACGCAACCGCGUGCCUUGGCUCGUCAUGUUCUCCUUUUCUCAAGAUGAGUUACGGCUACAGCCUCAGGACUUGGACGGGUCGACUGGCAUCUUCCGCAACACAAGUUCUGGCGUAACCAAGCCUGUCAAACAAUCAGGUACCAUGACGGUCAACAUGAGCAUUGAUGACCUAUGGAAGGUGACAGACGUAACGACGCCCGUGACUAAAGAACUUGGGCCGGAUAGCAUGAAAAAUAGUCGAGGCGACUUUAUCUUUGUCAAGCCAGACCUCUUCACGAAUCUCUUCCCCGCACGCGACCCUAAUAACAACCCUGUCAAAGGUUCCAAGCCCAACGCACUACAAUACCAGUACCAGGCACAUGUACGCAAGAUAAAUGGUCAGGGUAUGGCGCUAGCUGGUGUUGAAGACACGGCCGUCUUCAGUAUUGUCGUCGGCAACCGGUCCGGCCCGCUUGACAAUGAGACACCAGUAACCAUGUCUGCACACCUCGUCUCUAUCGAAGGCGUUGAGGAGAUGCCUUGGCCCGGAUCGAACCACCGCUAUGUAGCGCUGUGCUCGCUACAUAGCUGGAAUUACACUGUCUUGCCGGCAAAUACGCUUAACGUACCAGAUGCCUUUGAAGAUCUUGGCAGGACCCUCAACGUCCUCCGUGCUCCAGAGGAGAUCAUCUCGCCGCUACGGGCUUCAAACGACAAGAUGCAACAGCUUGUUGCGAAACGGCUCGAUGACGGAUACACGCUCGUACGAUAUCGUACUCAGACGGGAGAAUCCACCGUUGCCCUCUACCGUGGUCCAUUCACACCUUCAUUUGUCCCUCCCCUGGAAAACUUGACGACAAGCUCCAACUCGGGCGUCGACUUGCAAGUCCUUGACAAGCAACUUGGUAUCAUGGAUAUUACUUAUUCAGUUGCUUGGCAAGUCGGUCGCACCAUGGCCCUAGGCGAUGAGGCCUAUACAGCAGCACUUAACCGACUACGGACUUCGAUCCAUAGUACAGCCGAGGCCGCCUCCAAACUACAGACGGUGAAGAACAUUGAUGAAACGGCCUUCCGGACCCGCAGCGACGUACUAGGCGGCAUCGAUUCGGCCAUCCGCAGUUUAGCCUCGAUCCAUCUCAGCGGUAACGACGAUAUAAAUCCGGGGAACCCCAUUCGUGCGCCGCGAUACCUUCCCGGCGGCGCUAAGCGGCGAUGGAAACGUCACCGUCUCGCGCGUUCUGAGCUACCAGAUAUGUCCUUUGGUUCACCGUUGAUUCGUAAAUACUUCCCAAAUGAAGCUGUCAAAGCGGCACGAUACCUCGCCCAGAGCACAUCGGGGGACACGUAUGACGAGACCAACGAUCCAAUGUCGACAGAUUGGAUGAUUGUUCUUUCAUGGCUCCUUGACCGCAUGUUUCUCGCGGGUGUACCUGCUCACUGUCUCAUACCUGACCCAACGUACCUUGAGCCCGAACGCCUACGCUUCUUCCGCAUCGACAACAAUUGGAUUGACGCCUUAAUAGACGGUGCUCUUUCACUCGGCAACCACUACGGUGAUGACGAAGAACGUAUGGCUAUCAAAGAAGCCUUCAACGACUACAUUAAGCACACGCCGGAGGGACAGGACCAGCCGAUGCAGAUCCCGGCCUACGGUUUCUAUCUACGGUCAGACCUCGUCACCAUGUUCCCGGACCUACGUGUAGAGGUUCUAGACGCUAAUGGAACAACUGCCUCCUCUGGCGCGCCCCUUCUACGCCACGAAAUUGUCACAGACGGCGUUAUGAUGGCCUUUAUGGACCGUGUACCUGGCUCAGACCAAUUUGCCAGUCUUGUCUUCACGCAGCCCGCACACCAACAACGCUUCGCUGUCGCCCGCGGUGUUGACCCAGAGCAGGUCAAGGUAGACAUACGGCGGCAGUACACAGUCGAUCAGAGCAUUCGCCAAAAAGACAACGAGCGACAUAAAGCACUCGGUGAGUCUAUUAUUUACAAACGCGACAGUGCCGACAAUAUCUUCCUCUGGGAUGCCAAAUCCGGCUCAGAAUUAAAUGACUUGCGCAUCAUUUGGCCACCGCAAUUUGCUGCCAAACAGUUGAAAAAGCUUCAGGAUGAAAUGGGCACCUACAAUGAGGACGGGACACAGAAGCCUUAUUUCAAUGAUAAUGAGCCAACAUCAGCACUGUUUGCUAUGCAACUGAACGAUCCCAUCUAUAGCCUGACUAUUGAUCUCCAAAGCCAUAAUAGUUCAAAAGCGAUAGCCCAAGUAGGGCCACCUGGGGGCUCAAGCAGUCCCGAAAUCCGAACGCUAAGGCUUAUGGGCACGGCACGGGUCAAGAAACUUACCCCAGAUAACAGAUCUGAAACCACACCUUCGAAAAAGCAAGACGACGAUGAUGACUAUGGGGCCACUUUCAAGCGUCCUCAGGGCUACGCUGCCACACCCACGGCACUUUCUAGCUUCCUCGCCCCUCACGUCCGCGCGCUCCCAGUCACUUCCGCGGCUUCUCUUCCUGAACCUGAUAUACUUUCCCAUAUCAGGCAAAACCCAAGUGUCAAAUCUGAAGCUGUAUCUAGUGGCCAGCCUAUCGUGCGUGAUGUAGCUGGAUCGCCCAGAUUUCAGAUAACCGUCUCAAGCAACAUCAUCGGGCACUGGGAAGAGGUCCAGCUCGAUAAUCACAACCUUGCGCAAGAUCUCAUCUUCUCAGUCAUCGUGAUCCAAGAUGAAGUGAGUCAGUACCAACUUGUUGAGGUAGACAUACAGAUCGAUGUCGGAGAAUCUUCCACCUUCCUCAUGAACACUUACACGGGCCCCGGCGCACACAUGCUUACCAACAUGCGCUUCAACGUGCUGCCCACCGUAGUUCAGGACGAAGAUGGUAAUAACCAGCUACGCCUGCGGCUGUUGCCGCGGUCCGCCAAAGGCUGGGUCUAUGCUACGCAAGUCAGCGAGUUGACCUUCCUGCUCGGGUUGGCUAAGAUUAACGCACCGGCGCAAUUGAACAGUGAGUUCAGAGUCCAGACAUGGGCCAAAUAUAAGAGGAGCCCUAACGAAGGGCUGGACCCUAAAAAUCUCCUUACGAUUACAAAUCCGGAUACGAUAGUGAAGGUUGUGAAUCUCGAGCACAGUCAUUCUAGUUAGCUUCAUGAUAGGUGACGACUUAAUUGCUUUUUACCCCUGAAGAUAGGUGAUAAUCUAGCAAAUCUUGUUUUUCAUUUCGGAUAGCGUAGAGCAAAGUAUGCUAGACUACCGUGAGCGAAGCUUUCCUUGUGUACUAUUAAGAACUGUACGAGCCGAUAAUCCGGGCCUUAACGGCUAAAAGAAACCGGCCGAUGGGUCCACUAUAACCGGAAAGGGGGUUCGGGCAUAAUCCGGAGAAUAUGUGGGUCGCCGUGCCGCGCCGCGCUGCCACGAUAAAUUAGUAGACAACAGGUCCAUGGGUACUUCUAUAAACUCGUUUCUCAUACAGUACAUUAUUCUUGGC